AUGGCGUUUAACCAUAAACCCGAUAUUUUCUCAGGAAAAGAAAACGAGGAUUUAGAUAAAUUCAUAAAAAAAUUUGAACUAAUAACUGUAGUGAACGAGUGGGAAGACAAAGACAAAGUAAUUAUUCUACAAUUAUAUCUUAAAGACUCAGCAGAAGAUUUUUUUGAACAAUUGAAAUCAAAAAACGAAAAUAUUACAUGGAAUGAAGUCAAAAAAAAAGGAGAAACAUAUAAAGAAUUUAUAAUUAAAAUAAUAGGAAUAUGUUAUAAAAUAAACAAGAAUAUGACCGAAGAAGAAAUAUGUGAACUCAUAUUAAAAGGAGUACCCAAAGAAACUUUUCAGUUAAUAAGGUUAGCAGAUAAUACAUCGAUCGCAAGCAUUAAAAAAACUCUAGAGAAACUCGAAGUAACAAAUCUAUUGAGAUCGAAAGAUAAAGUAAAUGGAGAAGUAGAGAAAUUGACUAGAGAAAUGGAGGUUUUAAAAAAUCAUAUAAGUCAAAUUAAGAUUGGACAAACUCAUAAUAACAUUCCUAAUAGUAACAAUAAUUAUCAAAACGGAAGGCAAACUAGCUAUAACAAUGGAUUCAGCUUUUAA